CACCGCCUUAAGGCCGCGGGGGGGUCGGGGGGAGGCAGUGUGGAAUUGGCAAAGCGUCAUUCGUGGAUGGUGAGCCAGAUCUCGGUCCAAAUGCAAAUGGAUUCAUGCUCUUUUAAAAUCACAGCUGUUCCCUCUCUGCCUCUUCACAUGAAUGCCACUGCUCAGGCAAAAGCCUUCUCCGUAGUUCCUGCUAUCCUAUUUUGCACCACCACCAUGCUUUUCAAGUCAACUUGUCAUGUUUACUUGCCUGUUUUUGUGAAUUGCAGCUGCUGCAUGUGCGACAUCCCUUGGCUCUGAGUUCGUGGUUAUCUUCAUAUCAGUCUAUCCUUAUCUCGUUUAUUCUGAAAUUUUGUAAAUUUCAGAUUAUCCUAAUGUCACAAAAUUAAAAACUGAGACCUGUUAUUGCUGGUAGGCCCCAGAUUUCAUCUGUGGUGAUGAAGGAUAAGCGAUUAUUUUUUACUGUCCACAACAGGGUUCUUACUAGAGAAUAUUCAAAUGAUGCUUUUGUUUUAUGCUUUUAUGUGCUUGGGGUUGGGUCUUUUUUAAAUUAGCUCUCUAAAGCUCACAGGUCUUUCUUCAGUCUGUUGGAAGAAAGAGAUUUCUGUCCCAGUGUCAGGACAGGAAUACAGAGUAUUUAAAAGCAGUGUUUCCAGUGCUAGUUUUUAAGCUCUUUUUAGUAUGUCUGUACUGGGAUUAUUUCAAUGCUGUGGAAUCUGCCUAAACCUGCACCUGAAACGUAGCAUAGACGGGAAAAUAAUUUCCGUGGCCCAGUGCUUAGUUCACAAUUAAUUUCCAGCUUUUCCAGGAAGGAGGAAUUUGCAGUGUGUUUUGUGUUAUUAGCCUCUGCUCUGUUUUUUUUCAGUGGUUUUGAUUCCUCAAAAAAAAUUACCUUAACCUUUUUUCAAUGCUCCAGUUUGGAAGGCUGCAGAAGAUGCUGCAUUGUAGCUCUGCAUUCUCACAAUGUGAUCUUUCCUCUCUCUUUCCUUAUCUAUUUUGCUUAUCAGUAAAACUAGUUAACGGCAUUAGUAUUUAUUUUUCUCUUUGGCUAUUUGAGGAGAAUGAGACAGCUGGGACUUCUGAACAAUUGUUUCAAGCUUUAUGCAUCUCCUGGACACAGAACUCUGUAGGCUUUCAGUUUUAUACAUAUUUCAGAGAUUAUCUUCAGUUUUGAGAGCUAGAGUCUUAAAAUCGAUUGAAACUUAAAAACGGCUUGUCCUUUUAUGCCUUUGAAUUCUGCAUCAUUGACCCGUUGUGAAUUGGCGUAGCUUGAACGAGGCUGAAGGCAUUUUGGUAGGCCAUCCUUAUGUUUAUUUUAUGAUACACUCUAAUUUUGAUAAAAGGCUCAAUAAAGAAUGUUUGUAGGAGUGUUGGAUUUGCUCUUGCACUUUUCAUGAAUGCUUUUCCUGCCUCAGUGACAUUGUUCUUUGUAAUGGUAAGUGUGAAGUAUAAAGGCAAAUUGAAGGAAGAAGCAAAAAGCUGAAAUUAUUGUAUGGGUGACAGCGUGUCUGAUGACCACAGGUACUUCUUGGUGAAGAUGCAUUUCCUUAAGGUAGUUCCUGUUGUGUCACCUAGGAGCAGGGGAGAAAAUAAUCUUGAGAUACUGCUGGUAACAUCUCCUACUUGUGACUGCAGUGGGGACUACAUAGGGGAGCAAGAAACUGUACAGAUUGCAUAAAUGCCUCAGUUUAUUGCAUAAAUGCCUCGGUGUGGACCUGGCCAAAUCACUUGCACGUGAGUCCAUGCUGCUGGCUGAAAUGCAGAAUGGUAACAGUACACUGAAGCUUAGUUAAGGGUGUUUUUUAGGUGGGUGUUAAGUUGCUGGUCCAUCCUUGUGUCCACUUUGUGGUCUUCAUAAGAGUUCUGUCUCCUACAGUUUUGUGCAGCAGAAGUAUUACACUUAGAUAUAACUGCUUUAAUUGCAGGGAAGAUGAAAAGGAAGUUUGCUUUUGGAGUGAAAAAGAGUGUUGAAAACUUUUUAUUUUAAUGGGUCUAUCUGGAAAUGCUGUGAAAACUCCCACCUAUUGAUAGCCCUUCCCCACCCUCAACAGUUACUUAACCUGUGGGAACAAAUGGGAAUCUUUUUCAACUUUUCACCCAGUCAUGUGGGUUUGCAAUUCCAUAUACCUGUUAAAAGUGAACUAUUGCAGAAACCUUGCAUCCUCAUCCACUUAUACGUAACUUCGCAGAAGAGUUAUUGUUCUAACAAGUGGAAUAAGCACUAAAGUGUGCGUGGAUAUUAGAAAAAUCUCAUUUGUAAUAAUAUUUUAAAAGCUGCCCUGUUGGUAGAAAUAAUGGUUCUUACAAAGGGAGGCAGGGCAUCCUUGUCUCUCUAAGAGAAGUUGUGUUUCAUCGGAUUUAGCUGCUCAAACCAGGAAGCAUUAGCACUCAGGGAAUAUUCAUGUCAUUGGUAGUGGGGCUGUAAGGUGUUGGAACUGUCUCCAGGCAGGCUUUACCUGGUGUUGUAAAAGGAAAACCCCCCCUGUGGCUCAGUUCUGCUUUAUUUAAAGCCUUUUAGGUCACCUAAAGUUUUGUGUAAAGUCAACGGCUGUUGUGAAGGAUUGGUGCAGUCAGCGACUACCCAAAUAGCAAGGGAGCUGUUGCAUUCAUCUUACUGAGGUUCCUUUUUUACAAGCCAGGGGCUAAAAGCUAGCAUUGGGCUGAUUUUGAUUUUGAGGUACUUCCAAGUGGUGAUUGUGAGAAUGGCUUCCUAAACGUAUAUUAAAAAAAACCUUCAAAGGAUUCUUUUUGUUUCAAAGUUUUGUAGGAGGAAAGCCUGGAUAGGUCAAGGCAGGUAAGAAACACAGAAGGAAGGCUCUGCUUUUAAUUUCCCUCCUUUUUUUCUGGGGACCUGUCUGAGGGAAGUGCCAGAAGUCUGGCUCUAACCUUUAAGUUCAGCCAAUAAGCUAUUGCUUCUUGGACUCCCCAAACAGAUUUGCUAUAUAAAGCAUUAUGUUUCCAAAAUUUCCAUCUUUAUAUGUUAAUUUCCCAUUCCACUAGAUCUUCUGGAGUUUUGGGGGUUUUUUUUCUGUUGGUUGGUCAAGCAGAGGAACCAGAAAAUGACUGAAGAUUACUCAAACUGCUGCUAUCAAAACUCAACGAGGAGAGACAUUCCCUUUUUAUGAGCUGUUUUUAACAAAAAUGUGUCAGUUCACCAUUGCUGUUUUAAUCCAGAAUCCUCAAAAUCAUUUUUGAUUCCUCUGUGAAAUUAGUAGAAUUAGGCAGCAAAAAAUAUCUUCAGGGGUCUACAAAUUGUCUAUUUAGGCCAUAGUACUGAGAGGCAAAUCCCCGAAGGUUCUGUUUCAUACUUCAGCAACGAAAAAACAGAGAUGUUUGUUUUCUGUCAGUAUUAAUGCAGCUACAGUCUAAGUUGAUCUCAGCUUAGCCUGUAAGAGUCUCAUCACAUCUUUCUUUUCUUUUGAGGUCAUGAAACGCAUACGCACAGAACAGAUUCAGAUGGCAGUGUCCUGCUACCUCAAGCGCCGUCAGUAUGUGGACUCGGAAGGUCCCCUAAAACAAGGGCUGAGGCUGUGUCAGACUGCUGAAGAGAUGGCAGCUAAUCUCACAGUCCAAUCUGAGUCUGGUUGUGCCAACGUCGUGUCUGCAGCUCCCUGCCUGGCAGAGCCACAGCAAUAUGAAGUACAGUUUGGACGAUUACGCAAUUUUCUGACAGAUUCAGAUUCUCAGCACAGCCAUGAAGUGAUGCCUCUUCUAUAUCCCCUCUUCGUCUACCUCCAUCUGAACAUGGUCCAGAAUGGCCUAAAAAGCACAGUGGACAGUUUUUACAGCCGCUUCCAUGGCAUGUUCUUGCAGAAUGCCAGCCAGAAGGAUAUCAUUGAACAGUUGCAGACUACCAUGACUAUUCAAGAUAUCCUGUCCAACUUGAAGCUCCGGGCUUUUCUGGAUAACAAAUACGUCAUCCGCCUUCAAGAGGACAGCUACAACUACCUUCUUCGCUACCUCCAAAGUGACAACAACAACGCCCUGUGCAAAGUCCUGACCUUGCACAUUCACCUGGAUGUGCAGCCUGCCAAGAGGACUGACUACCAGCUCUAUGCUGGUGGGAGCUCCUCACGCAACGAGAGCAACGGCCUGGAACCCAGCGACGUGCCAGCUUCCAUUCUGCAGAAUGAGGCAGCGCUGGAUUUACUGCAGGACAGCAUUAAACGUGUCAAGGACGGGCCCCCUUCCUUAACCACCAUCUGCUUCUAUGCCUUCUAUAACACGGAGCAGUUGCUGAACACUGCAGAGAUUUCACCAAAUAGCAAGCUGCUCGCUGCUGGGUUCGAUAAUUCAUGCGUGAAGCUUUGGAGCCUGCGCUCCAGGAAGUUGAAGUCUGAGCCCCACCUUGUUGAUGUGUCCCGCAUCCGUUUGGCUUGUGACAUCCUGGAUGAGGAGGAGGAAGAGGAUGACAAUGCAGGCACAGAAAUGAAGAUCCUGCGAGGACACUGUGGACCUGUGUAUAGCACAAGGUUCCUUUCAGACAGUUCAGGACUCUUAUCUUGUUCUGAGGACAUGUCCAUCAGAUACUGGGACCUCGGAAGUUUUACAAACACUGUGUUGUACCAAGGACAUGCCUAUCCUGUCUGGGACUUGGAUAUCAGCCCCUGCAGCCUGUACUUUGCCAGCGGUUCCCACGAUCGCACUGCAAGGCUCUGGUCGUUUGAUCGGACGUACCCGCUGCGAAUAUACGCGGGCCAUUUGGCGGACGUGGACUGCAUCAAGUUCCACCCCAAUUCCAACUACUUAGCGACGGGCUCCACGGACAAAACCGUGCGCCUGUGGAGCACUCAGCAGGGCAACUCGGUACGGCUUUUCACCGGGCACCGGGGCCCCGUGCUGGCGCUCGCCUUUUCCCCCAACGGCAAGUACCUGGCAUCGGCAGGUGAAGACCAGCGGCUGAAGCUGUGGGACUUGGCAUCAGGAACUCUUUACAAAGAACUGAGGGGGCACACAGACAACAUAACCAGCCUUACUUUUAGCCCCGACAGUAGUUUAAUUGCUUCGGCGUCGAUGGACAACUCGGUUCGGGUCUGGGACAUCCGGAACACUUACUGCAAUGCCCCUGCGGAUGGGUCUUCCAGUGAACUGGUUGGUGUAUAUACCGGACAGAUGAAUAACGUACUGAGCGUACAGUUCAUGGCCUGUAAUCUUCUUCUAGUGACUGGAAUUGCACAAGAAAAUCAGGAACAUUAAUUUUGCUUUUUGUCUUAGGGAAGUGGGUGGGUGUCUUGAAUGCCGGAGUCCAUUGCAAGCUGAGAUUACUGACUGUGAAACACUUCUCUUCCUCUGCCCCCUUGAAAGGCAUGUUCAGAGUGAUGCAAAUGCUUUAAGAUGUCACAAAAAUGCCUGUGCUGUUGAACAGAAUAAGGAAAAAAAGGAGGAUUGAUGAAAAUACAUAUACAUUCUACUUUUGUACUUGUAGGAAUGGGAAAAGGGGGAGUAAAUCCAGUAGCUUGGGGAAACUGAAAGCCUGGCCCAGACAAGUGAAACUGCCAACCAGAUAAACUGGUGACCUGCACUUAAAUAUCCUUCAUUGAUUGAUGGGCACAUCUUACCUACUGUUAAUUUGGCUUGAGUGUGUGGAGAACUACUGGCCAAGUGGUUUUUGUUUUGUUUUGCUUUUGCUUUCCUGGUAUUGCAGAGGACCAGCAUUUUUAAGACCCUUCUAUUAAAAGAACAUCAUGUAUUUUCUACAGUGAUAGUGGUCCUAAAUAUUUCAGCUCCAUAUAGCACUUCUGGAAUAUUUUUGACUAAAGAAGGAGAAAAUACCUUUGUUCUUUUUUAGUAAGGGCAAGGAAAUCUGACCUCAGUUGGGGCCCAUCUCUGCAUUGUUGUUUGGGUUUGGUUCCUGGUACUAGCUGUGAUUAUGUGUAUUUAUGUUCCAUUAAUUAGGAAAUUUUCUGACUCUGGUUGCACUGUGUUUUGAGGAUGGGAGGACAGUGGGGACAGAGCGGUGGCUUUAAGGAUAAUGAACAACUUGCCUUGUCUGGAGGGAGGGCACCAUAGAAUGGAAACAGCCAAGUUGGGACUCCUGAUGGAAACAGGGCAUGGCAACCCACCACUGCACCUCACAGAAAGAUUUCCAUAAAUGGAAGUUGGCAGUCUAGGGAGAGGGGGAUGAGGAGAAACACACAAAAUGACAUGGGAAAUAAAAUAGUAUUACUAAAUUAUUGUGUGUACACAGAGGCAGCUCUGCCAGUGUUGGAUUUUUCUCAAAUGUUGCAAUACCAGUUUCAUGAACAGUUUGUGAGAUAAAUCAUCAGCAUUUACAAGGAUCUGCAGAAAAAGCACGUUCUAGUUUGUCAUUUGGAGAGAUUAAAUAUUUCUGCUUUCUGGAAAGAGUUAUUUUGUAUUUUGUUUUCUAUUAAAAGCAUUUAG